AUGUCGAAUCCAGGAAAGGGCAAGCUCCCUGAAGUCAACCCAUCGGAUCUCUCGACAUCCAACCCAAAUGACACCUCAUUGGCCAUCCUGAAAAAGAAGGCAUCUCCAAACAAGUUGGUCGUUGAUGAUGCUGCAAACGAUGAUAACUCCGUUUGCGCUCUUCAUACUACUACUAUGGAGGCACUGCAACUAUUCAGAGGCGACACUGUCUUGGUAAAGGGCAAGAAGCGUCGUGAUACAGUCCUCAUUGUCUUGGCCGACGAUGAAGUCGAACCUGCCAAGAUUCGCAUCAACAAGGUCGUGCGAAACAAUCUACGAGUCCGUUUGGGAGAUGUCAUCUCAGUCCAUGCUUGUCCAGACAUCAAAUACGGCAAACGCAUCCACGUACUUCCAAUCGAUGAUACGAUCGAAGGCUUGGAUGGCAAUCUCUUUGACAUCUUCCUCAAACCGUACUUUUUGGAAGCAUAUCGUCCAGUUAGGAAGGGUGAUACAUUUGUAGUACGUGGUGCUAUGAGGGCUGUGGAAUUUAAAGUAGUAGAAUCUGAUCCAGCUCCCUACUGUAUUGUUGCUCAAGAUACCGUAAUCCACUGUGAAGGCGAUCCAAUCAAACGAGAUGAAGAAGAAGCCAAUCUCGCUGAUGUCGGUUAUGAUGAUAUUGGUGGAUGUCGUAAACAGUUGGCUCAAAUCCGUGAAAUGGUUGAACUCCCUCUCCGUCACCCUCAACUCUUCAAAUCUAUUGGUAUCAAACCGCCUCGUGGUGUACUCAUGUAUGGUCCUCCUGGUACUGGUAAAACUUUAAUCGCUCGUGCAGUCGCCAACGAAACUGGUGCCUUCUUCUUCUUGAUCAACGGACCAGAAAUCAUGUCGAAAAUGGCUGGUGAAUCUGAAAGUAAUUUACGAAAGGCAUUUGAAGAAGCUGAAAAGAAUUCUCCAUCUAUUAUCUUCAUCGAUGAACUGGAUUCUAUUGCUCCAAAGCGUGAGAAGACGAAUGGUGAGGUCGAACGUCGUGUCGUCUCACAAUUGUUGACGCUGAUGGACGGCUUAAAGGCUCGAUCGUCAGUGGUCGUUAUGGCAGCAACCAAUCGUCCCAACUCUAUCGACCCUGCCCUCCGUCGAUUUGGUCGAUUCGAUCGUGAAGUAGAUAUCGGUAUACCAGAUCCCACUGGCCGUCUUGAAAUUCUUCGGAUCCAUACAAAGAAUAUGAAGCUCUCCGAUGACGUCGACUUGGAGCAAAUUGCUUCAGAGACUCAUGGUUAUGUAGGUUCUGAUAUGGCCGCUCUCUGCUCAGAAGCUGCUAUGCAACAAAUCCGUGAAAAGAUGGAUUUGAUUGAUUUGGAUGAAGAAACUAUUGAGGCUGAAGUACUAGAUGCUUUGGCUGUCACCAUGGAGAACUUCCGAUAUGCUUUGGGUACAUCAAACCCAUCUGCCCUCAGAGAAACCAUUGUCGAAGUACCAAAUGUACACUGGGAAGAUAUUGGAGGCUUGGAAAAGGUCAAGCAGGAAUUGCAAGAAACUGUGCAAUAUCCAGUAGAACAUCCAGAAAAGUUCUUGAAGUACGGUAUGUCACCAUCCAAAGGUGUCUUGUUCUACGGUCCCCCUGGUACUGGUAAAACUCUACUGGCUAAAGCUAUUGCCAAUGAAUGUCAAGCAAACUUCAUCUCCAUCAAGGGUCCUGAACUCUUGACCAUGUGGUUUGGUGAAUCCGAAGCCAAUGUCCGUGAUGUAUUCGACAAGGCACGAGCUGCUGCACCAUGUGUCAUGUUCUUUGAUGAACUUGACUCUAUCGCAAAAGCUCGUGGGGGCUCAUCUGGUGAUGCUGGUGGAGCUGGUGAUCGUGUACUCAAUCAAAUACUUACUGAAAUGGAUGGUAUGAAUGCCAAGAAGAACGUCUUUGUCAUCGGAGCUACCAAUCGUCCGGAUCAAAUUGAUCCUGCUCUAUUACGUCCUGGUCGUCUUGAUCAGUUGAUUUAUAUUCCGCUCCCGGACCAAGCAGCUCGUACCCAAAUUCUUCAAGCUACCUUACGAAAGUCUCCAAUCGCCAAGGAUGUCGACUUGAACUUCAUGGCUUCAAAGACCAACGGAUUCUCUGGUGCUGACUUGGCUGAAAUCUGUCAGCGAGCUUGUAAAUUGGCCAUUCGUGAAUCCAUUGAAAAUGAUAUCAAACGCGAGAGGGGCCAGAAGGAAGCAGCUGCUCGUGGUGAAGAAGUCAUGGAUACUGAAGAAGACGAAGUCCCAGAAAUCACUCGUGCCCACUUUGAAGAAGCUAUGAAGUUUGCACGUCGGUCAGUCAGUGACAAUGAUUUGCGCAAAUAUGAAAUGUUUGCACAAAAUUUGCAACAAACUUUGGGUGUACGAGGUGCCUUCAAAUUCCCUGAGGGUGGAGCUGCCAAUGGAGCUGCUGCUGGUACACAAAAUGGCUUCCAAGAAAAUGCCAACGCUGAUGACGACCUCUACAGUUAA